GCUGGAAGCGCGUUUGGCGAUAGCCUGGCUGGAGUGCGCCCUACGUGGACUUGAGAUCUUGCGGGACGAGGCGCACUUCCAGGAGGAGCAGGCCUUCGUAGGCAGAGCAGAGGUGAGGCUGAGGACACCACAAGGAGCAGAGGUUCAGAGAGGUCUGAGCGAGGAGAUCGAGAAGGUGAGCGAGGCGAGGAGGACCAGCCCCGACGCAGAAAGGAGAAGAGACGAGACCGAGAAGGAGACGCCCCAGAUGGACGCCGUCGAAGACGUGGAUAGAGAGGAGGAUGAGAGUUUAGGAUGGUUUUCAAUAGAAGACCGAGCAAGAUGGCCAUUGAUGGGUGCAACCACCGGUCGACUACUGGUUACACCUGUUCAGGUCGAGGAGAAGACAGAGAUGAUCCCUUUCUUCAUCACUGGCCACAAGGUCCUGACCGACGGGAGCUUGACGUUGAAGGUGACUUCAUUGGGUACAAAGGACCCCAAAGUCUCCCGCAAGGUGACCAAUAUGAACAAGUUGAUGCCCGAGCUCCACGUUUGUCUGGAAACCCCAUGCGGCGUUGCAGGCAACUAUCUAUGCCACUGUACAUCAUUAGAGCUAUGGUUGGCAACCGAGUUCAAGGCCGCAAGUUGGCUGGGGAGCACCGGACACAAGAGGUGGCUUCAACUAUGCCAGGAAAUAUGCGGUGUAGACAUGAGCCAGGUCGUGGAGGAGGAGCCCGGAGAAGAGGACGAGGAAGAACAACCCCGGAAAGGUGCAUUGAGAAAAGGUCCCAGCCCCCGAAGCCCUACACGUGGUCGAGAGAAGGAGAGGAGGCGAGUGUCUUUUGCAGAGGACGCAGAGGUAGAGGCGGCAGAAGGAGAGAAGGCUCACAGAGGAGGACAGAAGAGGAGGCGAGAAGAAGAGUCAGGCAAAGGGGACGGAGGCUCCAGCCGGACCAGUCGUCCCAUCGAAUCGGCCCUCGACGCUCUGAAGACCAAGUUGAGGGAGUCCAUGGAGACAUCAGGAGGCGAGUCAGAGGGUGCAAGUGGUUUGAGAGAGUCGAAGAAGGUAGAAGGCUACAGUGUUGCUCAGGCAGAGAAGAAGAAGGCCGAUGGACCAAGGAGCUUGACCGUGGCAAUAGGAUCGGGCGACGAGAGCGAGGAUGGGAGCGAGGAGAGCUCCGACUAUUCCAACGGCGAAGAGAGCAGCGAGGAGAAGAAGGCAAGAAGACUUCAGGCUCCGCUCAAAAGGCGGAGUCAGAGAAAGAAGGGCAGCGUGAUCAACUUGCUGUUGGAGCAGAUUGCAGAGCAGUUGCAGGACCUCUCAACCCCCCAGGACGAGCUCUUGACAAGUGGUCCUCGAGUGGGGACAUAUUGGCAGGUGACACUCCGACAACGCCAUCCUGCAGGACAUCCAGCCCUCCGCGAGUUGUUCUUGCUAGCCACCGCAAUCGACAAGAUAAGGUCAGGCCACCUCCUGGAGAGCCUGGACGCUCUGGCCGGCCGCUUCAUUGCGGUCGAAGCAGCCAUUCAAGAUGGCUGGAAUGUCGCCCGACACCUCGAGGUGGCAGUUCCCUCAGACCAGUCCAUAGCCCCGACCGAGCUCCAGCUAGCGGCCCGGAGACACAGUCACUUGGUUGCGAAAGCGCACGGGGUCGAAGGCAAAGGGGCUUGGAGGAACAGUGGAGGAAGAGGCUGGCAGAGCGGAGGAGGAGGAAAAGAUGGAGGCAAGAGCUGGUGGCGUGCAAGAGACGGUGCGAGAGAGGGCAAGGAAGGAAAGGACAGAGGAGGCAAAUGGAAGAAGGGGGGGAAAAGAAGGAGGAAAAGCCAAGAGCAAAGGAAAGGCAGAGGCGGACGGCGAGAAGGGCGAUGCUUGAGGCUUGUGAGAAAGGCGAAUUCAGAGGAGACAGGUUCGACGAAGAUCGGGCUUGGCAGUUGCAUGAUACAGGAAUCCGUUGGUCUGAAGGAUGAGUUGGCUGCACCUAUGCCUGGACCGUCCCAGACGGAUGGAGGAGACUUCAGUGGGUCCCAAACCAGGCCCUUUUCGGGACCCACAGGGGACCCUACUAGUGACCUGAGAAUGCGUGAUGAGAAUGAGGAGAGCGCUGCUCGAGAGGAGACGGCGUGGAUGCAUGAGAGAGAGGCUUUGAGGACAGAGGAGACAGGAGGAGCCGCGGCUGAGGCGCAGAGUACAGAGGUUCGAGGCUUUGAGGAGUUGCUUGCGGCUGGAGGCUGCAGAGGAGAGAAGGUUGCAGAGCUGAUGUGUGAGAAAGGGCAGCUGAGGAGCCUGGGCCUAUGCUUCGCCUGGAUGAUCUUAGAAGGGCGGAGCAGCGCACUUGGUGAAGGCUGGUUGUGGCAAAAGAUGUCAGCGCUUGGUCAGCGUGAGCUUGGUGGGUCGAUCAAACACGACCUCAACACUAGAGACAUUGGCUAUGGGGGUGAAGAGAUAGGAAAGGUUGAACAGCUAGCCGCUGACCAAAUCAAGCCGUCGCUUCCGCCGAUCGGGAAAGGAGGAUGUAUCCGAAUCGUAGACUGGGUUAGCCCCUCGACUCGACGGUUGCUUGAGAGCCCUGAGCUUCUAGAAGUGCUGGACUGCGGGCAAGAAGUCCCCCGCCUUCAGGGAAGAGUGCAUAUUCAACCGGGGCAGAAGGGUGAGGUAGCUAAGCUCCUGGUCGAGCGCGGUGUGUGCGUAUGGCGACGAGAGGAAGAGGUGCUGCGAUUUCGACAAUCCCCGGUGAAGAAUGGUCUGUUUGGUGUGGUCAAGCCAGGUCGAGCAGUUAAGGGGAAGGAGACACUUCGAGUAAUUAUGAACCUUAUCCCCAGCAACAGCCUCCACAAGGUCAUUCAGGCUUCGGUUCAUCGGCUUCCCUCCAUCUCACAAUGGACGAGCAUUUUUCUAGGCCCCAAUGAGCACCUGGAGAUCAGUCAGGCUGACAUCACUUCUGCCUUUUACUUGUUCGAACUCCCAGAGGUGUGGCAGACCCGGUUGGCCUUCAACUUAGAUUUAAAAGGAAAAGAGCUAGGAGAAGGCUUUGAUGCAGAUGGCACCUACACGCUUUGCGCUAGGGUUUUGCCGAUGGGGUGGAGCUCUGCGGUAGGAAUCAUGGAGGAGGCCGCUGAACAGCUUUUGAGGGAUGUUGGACUUCCUGAUGCCCACUGCAUAAACCGUGUAAAGCUCCUCCCAGAGGGUUUCGCGAAAAAGAUGAGGGAGGAUGAAGUUGGCUCAACCCCCUUCUGGCACAUCUAUCUUGACAACUUUGCGUCAGGUCAGAGGAUGCAGAGAGAGGUCGCCCAGAGCGCUGGAGGCGAGCUUCACCUUGAGGCUGAAAGAGGUUGGAAUGAGCGAGGAGUCCUGACGGCGCCGAAGAAGAGCGUGCGUCGGGCAAAUGUGACAGCGAGCGAUGCUUCGAUGCAGGCUGGGGCAGUAGGCGUGGCGACUGCCGUGAGUGAACUGGGGAAGGACUUCCUGCUGUAUGAUUCAGAUGAGCCAAGGCAAGGCAAAGUUGUUCCGGUGCUACUCAUAUCGUGCUUCGACGGUAUAGGAGGCGCCAUCAGGAGCUACAACAUUGCUGGGGCCAGACCCCAGAUGUAUGUGAGCAUCGAGAUACACCGCCCGGCGCGACGAGUGGUGACUAGAAGGUGGCCCGAAGCUCUGACCUUUGAAGACGUGACAAAGGUGACAGACGAUGUCAUCCUCGAAUGGCUUGCGAAAGCCGGCCACAUAGAGGAGAUCCACAUUUGGGGAGGAUUCCCCUGCAAGGACCUCAGCGGAGCAAAGGCAGGAAGACAGAACUUGUCUGGCUCUCACAGCUCGUUGUUCUACCAGCUCAAAAGGAUCUGGCUAGACGUUCGACGACUUUGUGGCAACCUGUCCGUUCACCUCUUUGCCGAAAAUGUGUGUUCAAUGGAUGGCAGCGCUCGCGAUCAGAUCUCGUCGGAACUUGGUGUAUUCCCUUAUCGUGUUGACAGCGAUCGUAUUGUCCCCCUAAAUCGGCCUCGGUUCGUUUGGACAGAUUUGGUUAUUGAAGAGGAUGACACCAUCUGGACCACAUGGAAGGAGGGAUUUUGGCAGGUUCAUUUUGAGUGCCAACCAGUUGAGGGGGACUGUUGGGUGGACGAAGGCUGGGAGCAGGAAACUUUGAUGGGAUACGGCACCAAUCACACGUACCCCGCCUACAGUGCUUCGGCUGCCAAGAGCAGCCCCAGUGGGUACGAGGAUGAGAGAAUGAGCUUGGUGGGGGAUGCAUACCCCAUUAAUACCUUCUGGUUGUUUGCUGCGGAAGCGGUCCGCCGCUGGAUUCCUAGGAGGACACCUGAGCAUUACAAGCAGAGGCUAGGCAUGUUCCCUGGUGCGUGUUUGGAGGUUUCUUUGACGGCCCCUAUCGGAACCCCUCGACCGUUCGGCAGCUCGGCAUUGGAAGUGUCGGAAGUGCUCGAUGCUGAAGAUCGGCUAGUGAGACAGUUGGCUCGGAGAGUGAGUCACAACGGCAGCGACAUCAGAGUGAGCGUAGGGCUGCCCACAAAUCCCAAACUCUAUCCCCGGCAAAGCGUUCCAGCAGGGUUCUGGUUGUGGAAGGUCACUUUCCAGAGAAGGUGGGAAGUAAAGGAGCACAUUAAUGCUUUAGAACUGAGGAGCAUCCUUUUGACCAUCCA